UUUCCUUCAAAAAAAAAAAAAAAAAAAAAAACUCUUCACUAGUUUUAUUUGUCUUUCAAAUAAAAAACCCUUGUCCCCCAUUUGUCUCUCACUCUAUCACGCACAACGGCAGCCACUACCGGAUUCCGGUCACCGGCGACGCGCACGGAGCAUCCUAGAUCUGGCCACUUUGUCUUCUCAACUUCUCUACAAGUCUACUAUUCAAAUUUUUCUAAGACAUUUUGAAGCUUCAACUUUCAGCCAAUCAAUCAUCCUGAGCCAGAAGCAUGUCAGAGAGCAAGGGAAAUCCAACUGUAAACAAGUCAACAGGUUUGCCUCGGAAGCGAUUUUACCGAGCCCGAGCGCACAGUAAUCCGUUAAGCGAUUCUCAUUUCCCUGUUCCACUUUCAUCCCAUCAUGUUGACUACUCGCUUCAUUUUCCUCAAAUUUUCCCUUCUCCCGACCGAUCUGGAGAUGCUAGGAGGAUCGAAUUCGCCGACAUAGGUUGUGGUUUUGGAGGGCUUCUCAUUAGCCUCUCAACUUUGUUCCCCGAAAAGCUAAUGAUCGGAAUGGAGAUUAGGGAUAAGGUGCAAGAGUAUGUAAAGGAACGGAUUUUGGGGUUGAGGACAACAAACCCGGGUCAAUACCAGAAUGUCUCUGUGGUAAGGACCAACUCCAUGAAAUACAUUCCAAACUAUUUUGAAAAGGGUCAACUAUCAAAGAUGUUCUUCUUGUUUCCCGACCCACACUUCAAAGAGAAGAAUCAUCGCCGAAGAGUAAUCAGCCCGUUCUUGCUAGAUGAAUAUGCUUACGUACUCCGAGAAGGAGGGAUCAUCUACACGAUUACAGAUGUUGAGGAGUUGGGAGAUUGGAUGAGGACGUGUCUCAAGAAUCAUCCCAUGUUUGAGGAUAUCACAGAUGAAGAACUUGAAGCAGAUCCUGUAGUUAAGCUCUUGGAAUCUGCUACUGAGGAAGGGCAGAAGGUUGCCAGAAAUGGGGGACUGACUUUUCAAGCCGUGUUCAGACGGAUUGCUUUGUCUGGUUAGUCUGUAACUUUGAAUGCCCUUUUAGUUUUUAGCAGAAUAUUGGAUCUGAAUCAGUUUUGCAUCUCUUAGGAGUAGUUCAGUUUAUAUUGUGCUAUUCUGAAAAAAAUGAAGGUUCAAUUUUGAGGUGUGGGAUUUGUUAUGCUAUUUUGCAAGAUUUUGGGUUUUGAAUUUAUUUUUAUUUUACUAGACAGGUUUUGGAUUUAAGGUCACAAUUA